AUGUCAUCAGUUUCUAGUAAAGAUAUCGCUUUAUCAAUAAUCGGGUUUUUGAAGCAAUCCGUUGCUGACAAAACUAUUGCUGAAGAUUUUGUGGAGUCGAUGGACGUCGCCAUUGAUUGUAUUGCCGAUGCAUUUGAAGUGAACAAAGACGACGACAAAUCAGUUAUUGAUUCCAAAUUCCAUGGUAGAUCAUUGUCUGAAUUGGUCAAAGCCUCAGUUGCUUCAUCAUCUUCAGCUGGUGCUUCCGAAAAGGAAUCAAACAAAGAUGCCAAACCAUCAUCUAUCAUUGUUGAUGACGCCACCAAGGAAAGAGCUGAUCAAUUGAAACUUGAAGGUAACAGAUUGAUGGGAGCCAAGGACUAUGCAGGUGCAAUUGCCAAGUACACUGAAGCCAUUGGAUUAGAUCCAACCAAUGUUGUCUACCUCUCUAAUAGAGCCGCUGCAUAUUCAUCAGCACAAAAACACACUCAAGCAGUUGAAGAUGCAGAGAAAGCCAUCAAAUUGAAUCCUGAGUUCUCCAGAGCUUACUCUAGAUUAGGUUUAGCUCAGUAUGCUCUUGGAAACCCAAAAGAGGCAAUGGAAGCAUACAAGAAAGGUUUAGAAGUUGAAGGUGAUAAACCAUCAGAUGGUAUGAAAAAAGGAUAUGAAACUGCUAAAAAGAGAGUUGAACAAGAUUUGGAAAAUUCGAUUUCCGCCUCUGAUAGAAGCGGCGAGAAUGAAAGCGAGUCUGGAUUCCGAUCAGCACCAGGUACUGGUGCUGGCGGUUUGCCAGACUUCAGCUCGUUGUUUGGUGGUGCUGGUGGAUCAGACAACCCAUUUGCUAAUUUGAUGAACAACCCACAAAUGAUGCAAGCAGCUCAAAGUAUGAUGUCAAAUCCUGGUGCUAUGCAAGAAAUGCUCAACAAUCCAGCUAUUCGUCAAAUGGCUCAAUCUUUGGGAUUAGGUGGACCUGAUGGGCCCGAUUUGUCCAACAUCAUGAACAACCCUAUGCUUAAUCAAUUUAUGGGAGGUAGAGGAAACAAUAGCAAUAAUGAAGGUGGACAAGGUGGUAAUAAUGAGUCAUGA